CCGCCUGCGAGCUCCGUCCUCACUCCUGGGCCGAGAGGCGGCGUGGCCGACAGUGGCGGAAUCCCUGCUCCUUCGUCUCGGUGGCUCGCCUCGGGCGGGCCGCUUUUCCUCAGGGGCCGCCUCGGUGGGGCGAGGUUUCCGUGACGAACCUCCUGGGGCUGCGGGUGCCGGCUCGGCCGUCGUGGCGGCUCGAGCUCCUGGAACUUGCUCACUCUCCGGGGCUCCGAGGCCCUCGAAGUUAUGCGUGUCAUCCGAGCGGCUGCAGCGAGCGCCGGCUCCUAAAGGGCGUCACACCCGGACUCCGCCGACUGGGCCACCUCCAUUCAGCUUCCAGCUGCGCCUCCAGCGCCCUCUCCCUCUCGGGUCCGCUCGUCGGACUCCUUUUUCCCUUUUCUCCCCUCUGCCGCCCUGUCCUCACUCGUGGGGUGCGGCGAUUCUCCUGGGAGCGGAGGUAUCGGUUAUGAGCCGGACCCUCCUCCCUUGAAUUUCUCGGUGGAGGAACUGGGCGGUGACCCUCCGCCCGCCGCGGCCCGGGGAUGGGGGUGAACGCGGUGCACUGGUUCCGAAAGGGGCUCCGGCUUCACGACAACCCCGCCCUGAAGGAGUGCAUUCAGGGCGCGGACACCAUCCGCUGCGUCUACAUCCUCGACCCCUGGUUCGCGGGCUCCUCCAAUGUGGGCAUCAACAGGUGGCGAUUUUUGCUUCAAUGUCUUGAAGACCUUGAUGCUAAUCUGCGAAAAUUAAACUCUCGUCUGUUUGUGAUUCGUGGGCAACCAGCAGAUGUGUUUCCUAGGCUUUUCAAGGAAUGGAACAUUACUAAACUUUCAAUUGAGUAUGAUUCUGAACCCUUUGGAAAGGAACGAGAUGCAGCUAUUAAGAAACUGGCUACUGAAGCUGGAGUAGAAGUAAUUGUACGAAUUUCACAUACAUUAUAUGACCUGGACAAGAUCAUAGAACUCAAUGGUGGACAACCACCUCUUACUUAUAAAAGAUUCCAGACUCUCAUCAGCAAAAUGGAACCACUAGAGAUACCGGUAGAGACAAUUACUUCGGAAGUGAUAGAAAAGUGCGUAACUCCUUUGUCUGAUGACCAUGAUGAGAAAUAUGGAGUCCCUUCACUGGAAGAACUGGGUUUUGAUACAGAUGGCUUACCCUCUGCAGUAUGGCCAGGUGGAGAAACUGAAGCACUCACACGUUUGGAAAGGCAUUUGGAAAGAAAAGCUUGGGUGGCUAACUUUGAAAGACCUCGAAUGAAUGCCAAUUCCCUGCUUGCUAGCCCUACUGGACUCAGUCCUUACCUCCGAUUUGGUUGUUUGUCAUGUCGACUAUUUUACUUCAAACUAACAGAUCUCUACAAAAAGGUGAAAAAGAACAGUUCCCCUCCCCUUUCCCUUUAUGGGCAACUAUUAUGGCGUGAAUUUUUCUACACAGCAGCAACAAAUAAUCCACGCUUUGAUAAAAUGGAAGGAAACCCCAUCUGUGUUCAGAUUCCUUGGGAUAAGAAUCCUGAGGCUUUAGCAAAAUGGGCAGAAGGGCGGACAGGUUUUCCAUGGAUUGAUGCCAUCAUGACACAGCUUCGUCAAGAGGGUUGGAUUCACCAUUUGGCCAGACAUGCAGUUGCUUGCUUUGUUACACGAGGUGACCUGUGGAUUAGUUGGGAGGAAGGAAUGAAGGUAUUUGAAGAAUUAUUACUUGAUGCAGAUUGGAGCAUAAAUGCUGGAAGUUGGAUGUGGCUGUCUUGUAGUUCCUUUUUUCAACAGUUUUUUCACUGCUAUUGCCCUGUUGGUUUUGGUAGGAGAACAGAUCCCAAUGGAGACUAUAUCAGGCGGUAUUUGCCUGUCCUAAGAGGCUUCCCUGCAAAGUAUAUCUAUGAUCCCUGGAAUGCACCAGAAGGUAUCCAGAAGGUAGCCAAAUGUCUGAUAGGAGUCAAUUACCCUAAACCGAUGGUGAACCACGCCGAGGCAAGCCGUUUGAAUAUUGAGAGGAUGAAGCAGAUCUACCAGCAGCUUUCACGAUACCGGGGACUAGGUCUUCUUGCAUCAGUGCCUUCUAAUCCUAAUGGGAAUGGAGGCCUCAUGGGGUAUUCUCCUGGAGAAAAUAUCCCAGGAUGCAGCAGCAGCGGAAGAAGAAGCUCCGUGGGCACUGGUCUCACCAGCGGGAAACGUCCUAGUCAGGAGGAAGACACACAGUAUUCUAAAGUCCAGCGACAGAGCACAAAUUAAUUAGGUAAAUAUUUUACAGCCUUGAUUCUUGCUUUAGUGGAGUGUGUAAUCAACAUAAAUUAAGAUAAUUUCCAAAAUGGAGCUAAUCUGUAUUUUCAGACCAGAGAGUCAUAAAUUUUUCAGUGAUUGUUACAAAAUCAGUUAGUUCUUAGACAAGAGAAAUGCAUCUGUACUGAACAAAGUGCUGCACUUGGUUUAUGGCCAUCUUAAUCAAUUAUAUUUAAAUGUGAAAGCUUAUGAAUUUGUGCUCGUUUUUUUCCUCAGGAAAAAAACAUCUUUUUCAUUUCCUUCCUAUGUGACUGCGAAUCUAAAACAAUUAAAGUGACUUUUUAAUUUUAGUGGUAUUAAUAUAAUCUCUCUAUGAGUGUUUCCCCAAAUAUUUGCCUCUUAAGUCUUUAUAAAUUUCUUUUACCUAAUUGUGAUACUUUUAAAAUCUAAAUUCUUUCCAGUUUGGAAAUAGUUUAAUUUUUUUUUAAAGUUGGCCCUUUUUGGAAGUAUCAAACAGCCAUGCCUGUACUCAGUUCACUAUGGGAUACUAUUUUGUGAUAUAAAUUUAUAUGAAAAGUAUUUACACAGUGCAUUUGACAGUUUUUAAAGACUUUUGUUUCUUUAACAAAAAAUAAUUUUAAAAAUUAUUGCUGCUUUUAAUUGCCAACCUAAAUAGACUCUAAAUUUCUUAAAGAUAAGAUCAGUAAACACUCAUCAAAUUUUUAUCGUUUAAUUCCUUGCAAUCAAGCUUUACCCAGUUCUUUUUUUCCCCUUAAAUCACAGAAAACAUUCAGGAGGAAUACUGUUGCAGCUGAAAUUGGUGGGGAGUUCAAUACUUUUUUCAGUUAAAUUAUUUUAAAAUGUUCUUCAUUGAUGGAAAGCAGUUGUUUCUAAUGACAUUUCUGUGGUUUUUAACUUUUUAAUGAAUUUCACAUAGGACACAUGGUAAUUUGUAUAUAAAGAAUUUGCUUAAUGUAAAUAUAAAUAGCACAAUUAGUAUAGACCCAUCAAUAUAUUUUUGAUAACUUUUCAUGUAUGGUAAAAGUUAAAGUGGCAAACUGGUACUCUGAUAUUAAAGAAAAAAUCAAAGUUUUGAGAGUCAAUGUGGGAAAAUAGGAGGUUUUUAGACUUUCUUAAAAGACUUUGUUAAAAUUUUCUUGACAUCAUUGUUUGCUCUAACUUUGCACUCUUUGAUAAAAGUGUUUUAGGAAAUGUGUGUAAUCAAAUUUGGUAGUUAUAGCCUCUGUUAACACAGACAGUAUAUGCUUUAAAGUUUCAUGUAUACCUGUUUGACCAAACUUGUGGAAGUAUCAUGUGUUAAGUUCUCCUUGUCUGCCUUUCUUUGUUCAUUUACAGCUAAAGUAACCUUUGUUAUUAAAGUAUAUGCAUAUAUGGAA